CUUUUCCACUGUCUGCUCUUCCUGAAAAGAUUUCCUUGAAAGAUGAGUUGUGCAGCCAAGCUGAGGGGUAGAUGGAGAGGUCUGGGAUACUUCACGCGGAGGAUGAGGUCUUAGCCACCUCAAGGGCACAUCAGCAUUUGUCUUGUCUUGGGGCUCUCCUUCCCUCCCCCCAAGCCACCUCAGUCAAUUCGGACCUGUGGCUUCCCCUCCGAGCACCUGGAUGCUACCACCUAUAUCACCUCGUGUACACCCCCGGUCCCCCGUCUCCUGAGCCCCAGUCUACUGACUCUCCACUUCCACAUCCUUUUCCUUGGGAGGGUAAUUGUGCAGAACCAAGUAUGUAAGGGUGAGGCAGCAAAAAGCCUCCAAAGAACCACACCUGCCUCUCUGCUCCCCUUUCUCGCUCCCCUUCCUGGCACCCCUAUAGCUUUUCUCCUCUAUGCCAUUGCGGUCCCGCAGCCCUUGCCUUUUUAAGAGAGGCCCCGCCUCUGUGUGGGGGGUGGGUCGGAGGCGGAGUCGGUGGAGCUGGGGAAGGAACAAAGCGCGGCCUGCGGGCGGCGGCGGCGCGGCGCGGCGCGGCUCGGCUCGGCGCAGCUCGGGGGCGGCGGGGCGGCCCGGGCGGCUCCCGAAGGUGGGAGGCGGCAUCACCAGCCCUGCCGAUUUUGCCAUGAACGGGUUGCCCUCGGCCGAGGCGCCGGGCGGCGCGGGCUGUGCCCUCGCGGGGCUCCCUCCGCUUCCGCGCGGCCUCAGCGGCCUCCUCAACGCCAGCGGCGGCUCGUGGCGGGAGCUGGAGCGCGUCUACAGCCAGCGUAACCGCAUCCACGACGAGCUGAGCCGCGCCGCACGCGCUCCCGACGGGCCCCGCCAUGCCGCCGGCGCUGCCAACUCCGGAUCUGCAGUCGGUGCGCGUCGCCCGGUCAACCUCGACUCGGCCCUGGCCUCACUGCGCAAAGAAAUGGUGGGGCUGCGGCAGCUGGACAUGUCCCUGCUGUGCCAGUUGUGGGGCCUGUAUGAGUCUAUCCAGGACUACAAGCACCUGUGCCAAGACCUGAGCUUCUGCCAGGACCUGUCCUCCUCCCUGCACUCAGACAGCUCUUAUCCGCCCGAUGCCUGCCUGUCUGAUGAUGAGGAGCCUCCGGACGCCAGCCUGCCCCCAGACCCGCCACCCCUAACGGUGCCCCAGACGCACAAUGCCCGGGACCAGUGGCUGCAGGACGCCUUCCAUAUCAGCCUCUGAAGAGCUAGGGUGGGUGGGAACGCACCCGUGCAAAAGGCGCAGAACUUGUCUAUCAGCAAGUCCUCAGACUACGGUGCCUGCUCUGCCACCUCACCUCAGCCGGGCGAGGCGAGUGUCCCUCAGGCAACACCGCUGAGCCCCCUCCUGGUUAGCGGGCACUGGGUAGACACCUAGGUGACAGGCUCUGCCUACCGCCUUGGGCCUCCACUUCUAUAUGUGUGCACCCCAGCUUAACCUACCUGCAGUCUGGCGGUGGGACUCAAAGCAUCUUGCACUGCCCAUGCCAUCUCUGGAAUUCGGAUCCCAGAGUGCCUAGCGCCCAUCUUUUUCACCUUCGCUGCUACUUGGCAGCGGCUGGCUCAGGGGCACGCCACCUGCAGUCCUGGGCACCCACUGCCCCGGACAAGGACUCCAGGACCCAUCCCUGCAACCACCCACGGCCAGGAGGGCAGAGCUUCAGACUGGAUGUGUUGAGGGGCCACUUCCUGGAUGUGUUGAUAAAUAAAUAAAGAAAUACUCAAGCGUC